GUGGGCCAUAUCUUGCACUGGCCCUGGACUCUGUCGUCCCUCCCCUGAGCUGGGCUGGGCCAGACUGGCAGCAUUGAGUGGCACCAGGCAGACACCCCUGAGGAAGGGCACCAGCAGCCACUGUGUCAGUGUGCCAGGGAGGGUUUGUCUUCUGGAAUAGAACUGAAGCUUGGGGAAGCCCCAGACUAGUGUGUCCCAGAGAGGCUCUGGGGUCCAAACAGGAGGUGCAAGUGAGGCAAGAUGAACUGGACAGGCCUGUACGCCUUACUCAGCGGCGUGAACCGGCACUCCACGGCCAUUGGGCGCGUCUGGCUCUCCGUCAUCUUUAUCUUCCGCAUCAUGGUGCUGGUGGUGGCUGCCGAGAGCGUGUGGGGUGACGAGAAGUCCUCCUUCAUCUGCAACACCCUGCAGCCGGGGUGUAACAGCGUGUGCUACGACCACUUCUUCCCUGUUUCCCACGUGCGCCUGUGGUCCCUGCAGCUCAUCCUGGUGUCCACACCAGCCCUGCUCGUGGCCAUGCACGUGGCCCACCAGCAGCACGUGGAGAAGAAGCUGCUGCGGCUGGAGGGCCAUGGGGACCCGCUGCACCUGGAGGAGGUCAAACGGCACAAGGUGCACAUCUCGGGCACGCUGUGGUGGACCUAUGUCAUCAGCGUGCUCUUCCGCCUGCUCUUCGAGGCCGUCUUCAUGUAUGUCUUCUACCUGCUCUACCCAGGCUAUGCCAUGGUGCGUCUGGUCAAGUGCGACAGCUACCCUUGCCCCAAUGUGGUAGACUGCUUCGUGUCCCGGCCCACCGAGAAGACCGUCUUCACUGUCUUCAUGCUCGCUGCCUCAGGGAUCUGCAUCGUGCUCAACGUGGCUGAGGUGGUGUACCUCAUCGUCCGGGCCUGUGCCCGGCGUGCCCAGCGCCGCUCCAACCCCCCCUCACGUAAGGGCUCUGGAUUCGGCCACCGACUGUCCCACGAGUCCAAACAGAAUGAAAUCAACAAGCUGCUUAGUGACCAGGACGGCUCCCUCAAAGACAUCCUGCGGCGCAGCCCUGGCAGCGGGACUGGCCUGGCCGAGAAGGGCGACCGCUGUUCUGCCUGUUGAGGGCACAGCCGGUGCCACACCCACCGCCAGCCCCUCUUAGUGCCCUCAGCCUGCCAGGCCGGCCACAGCCCAAGCACCCACCCAUUGCCCUCUGAGUGGGGGUAGGGAAGGAGAAAGCAGGUGGGGGUGAGGAAUGGGGUGGGGGGGACGGACAGAUCUUGCCCCCUCCUCCCCAAGCUUAAGGGAGCAAAGGAGGGUGUAGUUCUUGCUGUUUCUCCCCCUUUCUAAUUCCUACUCCUCUCCCUGGGACCACUGGGUAUUUUUUUUUUGGGGGGGAGGCUUUGCCAACACUUCCACUGAUGACACUAACCUUAACCCUGCCAACAUUUGGGGAUCCUGCCAGUGGGGUGGGGGCUGUUGCUGGCACCUGGGAAGGGCUCGGGUGGCUGAAAAGAACAAGGCUGUGAUUCCAUCUGAUCAGCUUGGGGUGGGGAUUGGUCAGCACUACCUUUGACUCUAGAAGCCCGGGCCUGGGCCUGCAAUGUUACACAUUAAACAGGAUUUUACAGUAAA